AUAAAAUAUGGCUUUAAAUUAAAGAUUGCAAUGACAGAUGACAAAAUAAAUAUAAUAAAUGGUAGCGAAAUAGAACAAAUUCAACAACUUACAGAACUUGGGCAUGAUUCAUUAAAAAAGGGGCAGUCUACUCAAGCUAUAGACCUUUUUUUAAAAGCAUAUAAUCAGUCAAAGUCAGUUAGUAAUGAAUUCAUUUUUCAGAGCUGUAGUUUUAAUCUUGGCGCAUGUUAUAUAGCAACUGGAUCACCAAAAAAUGGAUUGAUAUAUUUGAAACAAAUUGCAUCCUUUGAUAACAUUCAACCUGAAAAUUAUGCAGAUUUGUGGUACAACAUUGGCAUAGCACAUCAUGCACUAAAUGAUAUUGAUCAAGCUGUUGAAGCAUAUGAAAAGGCUCGUAAAGUUUACUGUGACCUUAAGGUAUUAAAUCUACAAGCAGAAUGUGAAUCAAAAAUGGGAACAUGUUAUCAUCUUCAAAACCAAUUAAAAGAUUCAUUUGAAAUGUAUAAAAAUGCGAGAAACAGUUACAGUAUUUUAAAUGAUAGGAGUAAUGAAUGUUUAAACUUGGUUAAUGCUGCGUCUGUUGCAGCAGAAAUGCAAGAGAUUGAAGAAUGUGCAAAAUUACUCGAUGUUUUAUUGGAUCUUUGUCAUGAGUUGAAUGAUAAAAAUUUGCAAGCUAAGAUUUAUCACGAAAUUGGGCUUUUGUAUAUAUCUGAGAAUUUAUUAGAAUCUGCUGUUGAAUGUUUUGAGCAAGCCAAAAAAUCUGUUGAGUGUGAAAGUAAUCAAGAUAAGAUAUUACUUGCAAUGGUUUAUCAAAAUUUGGGAGCUCUAUUAAAUUCAACUUUUAACUAUGAAAAGGCAAUAAGCUAUCACACAAAAGCUGCUGAUAUAUAUGUUGAAUUAGCUGAUUUGAGCAAGCAAGCACAAGUUUUUUGUAAUAUGGCUUUCGCAUAUGCACAGAUCCGUGAUGACGUUAAAGCAUUAAAUUCAUUUCAACUAGCUAUUCAAGCAGCAAAUAACUGUGGAGAUAAAAAUGCAGAAUUUAGAGCUACUGAAGGUUUGGCUGCCAUUUUUUUUCGCUUAAAAGAUUAUGACAAAGCAGUUUCUACUUACAAAAAUGCUUUACGUUUAAUAUCGUAUACAACUUGCAGCGAUAAUUGUGAUAAUCAGGAUGAUUGUGCUGAUCGUAUUGUAAAUAAACUUACUGAUGCUAUAAAAUGUAAGUUGUUUGAUGAGAAUGUCGAUAAUAAAAAUGAAAGUUGUAAGAAUUUUUCAAAUAAAGGAAGACCAAGGUAUGUAAAAGAUCAAAGACAGAAUACUUUAGUAGCAAAGGGUUUGGAAGAAGAUGAUCACAUAGAAUUUACUGAAGCUGACUCAUUUGAUAAUGUAAAAAAUAGUCAACAAAAGCCAAUUAAAAAAAAGGCAGACGUAAUGCAAGGCGACGAAAUUUAUAUAGGAAGUUAUAAUAAAAAAAGUCUAUUAAACUCAGAGUAUAAUGAUCAAUUAGUGUGGAAUGAAUCUGGUGACUUAAAUAAACAAACUGGAAAAAAUUUAAAACAAAAUCCAAAUAGUAGCGUUUGCUUGAUUAUGUAAACUUGAAAAAGUUUAUUACAUAUAUCAGGCCAGGUGAAUAAAAAAAAGCAAUUGUUUUUACUCAGUAUUUGCUCAGCUUUACGUGAAUAAAAACUUAAUAAAAACUCCUGAAAUUUUUAUUCACGUAAAGCUGACCAAUUACUGAGUAAAAGCAUCCUUUUUUGGAUUGAGCUAUCCUUUAUAUUUAUACUUCUUAAUCUUUCGAUUCUUCUGUUUUCUUUCAUUAUUUCCCAUUCUUAAUUAUUUCUUUCUGGUUAUUAACACUGUUAUUUUAUAUUUUUCUUGUUUUCUUCUAUUCUUGUUUACUCUCAUCAUAUUUAACUUUUUUAAACUUUAUAAAUAGAUUAGUGUCAGUUUUCGAACUUUUGGGUGUGAUUGACCACCACUAUUGCAUAAUACAUAAAUUAUUUAUAUCUAAGGUAUUUGUACAACAUUACAUAAAAUAUUAUUUUUUCUAUAUUGUAUAUUUGAUGAUUUUUAUAUGUAAAUAAUUUUUAAUAAGAUUUAUACAU